GGGGUGGUUCUGGGCUGCUACUUUGGGCCUGCGGCUCUCUACAUCUGGGCCGUGGGGAUCCUGGCUGCAGGACAGAGCUCUACCAUGACAGGGACCUAUUCUGGCCAGUUUGUCAUGGAGGGAUUCCUGAAUCUAAGGUGGUCACGGUUUGCCCGAGUGAUUCUGACUCGGUCCAUCGCCAUCGUCCCAACUCUGCUGGUCUCAGCCUUCCACGAUGUGGAGCACCUGACAGGGAUGAAUGACUUCCUGAAUGUGCUGCAGAGCUUACAG